AUGGGCCGCUGUGCAUGUCCUGCUUGCUCACAGUCACUUCCUCCUAGUGCCACAGUCGAAAACAUGCAGGCUGCCUCUCGUACAGCAAGGAUGCUCCCCACCCGAAGCACCUGGAACUCAUGGGGCAGGCUCCAGCCGGUGGUGUCUGGGAUGUUCAGGGUGGUGGCCCCAGCCUUGAUGACCUCGGCCAGCACCUCAUACAGGAAGGUCGGGUGGGACCGGGCUGCGAGGGGUUGGGGGGUGAUGGAGGGGGGUUGGAGGGCUGUGACCGAGGAAGCGGGCUGA